AUGGCGACGAGGCCGUCAAACAGCGGGAGCUCGUCCCCAGAGUCGUAUUAUACCGCAAGUCACUCCAAUGUCGAGAGGGGCUCGACCACCGCCAGCAGUCCGGGACAGAACGCGCCCUGCCCGUAUCGCGAGGCCCGGCAGCUCCAACGCGAAUUGAAGGAUCAUUGCCAAAUAUUUCUGGAAGAGCAACUUUACACUUGUGCCAUCAGUCUGUUGAACAGCACUCUGGGGUCCGGCAUGUCGCGACGCACGCCUUCCAGCAAACCCGUCCUGAUACCACCGCCAAGCCAUCUGGCUCUGCUGAGCACCCUUGCCGUUCAUCCCCUCCACACGACUCGCGCCGAGAACGCCCGACUUCGAGAGGUUUCGUCCGUGGCGCUCAGCUACUUGCGCCGCCUGCUCAGCGUCUCCGGUCCGGUGAACGCGGGGUUUCGCACCGCCUUUCAAUUCCACAGCUCGCCUCGGCGGGGCCGUCGGCCUGGACUCGCCAACGCCGGCAGCGAUAGUGACGCGUCGGAUGGUGAUGGAGAACACGGCGCCCGUGACCGUCCAAGAGGUCGGAUGGCCAACCAGAGCAGCAUCUGGUCCCGUGGCCAGGAUCUGUGGAUGACCGUCGGCUGGGCUUUCAACACGAGCGCGCUGCACCCGGAUCGCUGGCGGUACUGGAAGGUCUGGCUUCACUUCAUGCUGGACGUGCUUGAUGCAGACUGGGCGGAGAGGGAGCGGCAGGACGAGGUCGCGCACGAGACCAACGGCGGCGAGGGCGACGCGCCCACGGCUUCGCGAAGGGAGUCCAUGAUUGCCAUGUACAUGGGGCUGCAGGACGGCGCCGGGCAAGCCGCCCACAAACGCAUCAUCAAGGCCCUGCUUGCCGACGGCAGCCCACUCUCGUCCUCGUCCUUCCCAGCCGUGUUCGAGAAGGAGCUGCGGGGGCCCAGGAGGACAUCGAAGAAGAGGAAGCGAGACCAAGUGCUCGAUCUGGAAAACGACAAGUACGGCGACUAUCUCGACGACGACUCCAUCUCGUCGGGCGUUUCCGAACCCCCGACGCCGCCGAAGCCACGAGGGCAGAGGAGGAAAAGCACCCUGCUGGGGACGUCCGAGUCCGGUCCGGCCGAGUCGGUCGGUCUGCGUUUGCGCUUCUUCCAGCUCAUCUCGGCUGCCACGUGCGCGCUCGGGAAGGAGAUGGAAGUUUGCCGCCUCUACGAGGAGCUUGCACUCGGCAUCAAGGGACUCCGCCUCGACAUGUUUGCUCUCCAUGUCACGCAAAAGGAAAACCCUCUCCCUGCGGAAGCUCACGUUAGCAUCAUCAGGGAUCUGUUUCACCUGCUGCUGCCGCCGAGAUACAAAGAUCCCCGCAAGGUCGAUCCCGGAGGCCACGCAGAGGCGAGGCUUACCAUGCGCAUGCUUGAAGACUGCUACGUGUCUUGGCCAGCGAAUACGGUGGCGCUGGAAGACAACGCCAAGCUCAGCCUGCUGGUGGAGAGCGCCAUACAGCUGCUCUGGCUGAACGACGCCAUCGAUUACACGGAGAGCUUUGGCGCCGCCUGCGAGACGGGAAUCCAGAGCCGCGAAGCCAAAGCCAGAAAACGGCGCACCGGGAAAAUACGUGCCGAAUCAGAUGACGUGGUCGCGCAGGAGAUUCUGCACAGCUCCGGGCAGCGCAUCCGCGUGCUUCUAGACGAACUGAAGUCGACGACGCCUCUGUAG